UUGACAGUUGACAAAUUGCACAUAACCUCAAACUAUUUUGGCACAAAAUUCAACAUAUCUUAUAAAUGUUUUUUGUACACGUGCUGAUAAAUGAACCUUUUAAAAAUGGCAAAAACGAUAUCCUUUGUAACUGGAAACGCUAAAAAAUUAGAAGAAUUAAACGCAAUCUUAGGCGAAUCCUUUCCAUACAAAAUAAUAAGUGCAAACGUUGAUUUACCAGAACUCCAAGGUGAAAUAGAAACAAUUUCAAUAAAUAAGUGUAAAGAAGCUUAUAAACACGUGAAAGGACCAGUAAUUGUUGAAGAUACAUGUUUGUGCUUUAAUGCUUUAAAAGGAUUACCAGGUCCGUAUAUAAAAUGGUUUUUGGGAAACUUAGGUCCCGAUGGUUUAUAUAAAUUAUUAGCCGGGUAUGAAGAUAAAAGUGCUGAAGCAGUUUGUACAUUUGCUUUUCACCCGGGGGGUGAAAAUGAUGAGGUAAUGCUAUUUCAAGGAAGAACCAAAGGGGAAAUAGUUGACCCAAGGGGACCAAGAGAUUUCGGAUGGGAUCCUUGUUUUCUACCUGUUGGGUACAAUGUAACUUAUGCCGAAAUGCCAAAAAGCGAAAAAAAUAAAAUAUCUCAUAGAUAUAGAGCUUUAAAAGAAUUACAAGAUUAUUUAUUGAAAAUAGUUUAAGUUAAAAGAUGUAAUGGGUGUUAAAUAAAUUUAAUUUAUGAUUUA